AUGAGUACUAACCAAAGCUCUGUGACACAUUUUAUUCUCCUGGGUUUUUCUCUUGGCAGUAAUACUCAAUUAUUUUUAUUUAUAUUGUUCCUCUUUAUCUAUUCCAUGACUUUGAUGUCCAAUCUACUCAUCAUCACCCUGGUGACAUCACAGAGAUCACUUCACAAACCCAUGUACUUCUUCAUUGGAAACUUUUCUUUCCUAGAAAUGUGGUAUACUACCGUAACUGUUCCCAGGAUGCUCAAAGAUUUAGGGACUGGAAAUAAAACUAUAUCCUCCCCUGGGUGCAUUUGUCAAUUUUAUUUUCUCUUCUUUCUUGGAGCCACACAACAUUUCUUAUUGGCGAUAAUGGCUUAUGAUCGGUUUCUGGCCAUUUCCUAUCCUUUGAGAUACACCAGUCUCAUGAGCAGGUCCACAUGUGGAAAGCUUGCUGCUACAUCUUGGAUUGCUGGUUCCCUAUCAAUCUCUUUACCAGCUGCUAUGAUGUCACGGCUAGUCUUCUGUGGACCAAAUGCAAUUGACCACUUCUUCUGUGAUUUCAGUCCUUUGUUACAAUUGUCUUGCACUGAUACCUGGCUGAAUGAGAUUAUAUUUUCUGCCGUGGCAUGGACAAUAAUUCUUGGCUGUAUGUUCUUUACUUUUAUGUCUUAUGUUUCAGUAGUUACUACUAUCUUGAGAAUACCAUCUUCGCUUGGUCGCCAAAAAGCAUUUUCUACUUGUGCUUCUCAUAUAGCAGUUGUUGGCAUAUUUUUUAGCACAGUCAUUUUCAUGUAUAUACGUCCUAAAGCAAAGAGUUCUUCCCCAAUUGACAAAGUGGUCUCAGUGUUUUAUUCAGUUGUAGUUCCCCUUCUGAACCCCAUGAUCUACAGCCUACGAAACCAAGAAAUUAAAACUGCUCUGUGGAAAGCUCUGGGUAAAUUAAAAAACAGCACAUAAGUAACACAAUGAUAGAACAAAAAAAUGUUAUGAAACUUAAAAUGAGUUGGUGGCAUUUUCACAGGAGUGAAUUCCGAAGAGUUUCUGCAUUUUCCCAAUGAUGAGGAUUUUGUUGUCCA